GGGAACGUGCGGUUUCUGAAGCUGCUCCUGUCUCGUCGUGCUGAUUGGCUGCAGAAGGAUCUAGAGGAGGUAACACCCCUCCACCUGGCGACCCGUCACCCCUCCCCCAAACCCCUGGCCUUGCUGCUCAAACACAUAGGACCUGGAGAGGUGGACACACAGGACAAGAACAAGCAGACUGCGCUCCACUGGUCAGCAUUCUAUAACAGGCCAGAGCACGUCAGACUGCUCAUCAAACAUGACUCCAACAUUGGCAUCCCUGACAGCGAGGGCAAGAUCCCCCUACACUGGGCUGCUCACAGCCAGGAGCACACCGCUAUACACACCGUCCGCUGCAUACUGGAGGCGGCUCCUACCGAGUCUCUGUUGAACUGGCAGGACUAUGAGGGGCGCACGCCUUUGCACUUUGCUGUUGCCGACGGCAACGAGGCAGUGGUGGAGGUGCUGACAUCGUAUGACGGCUGCAGUGUCACGGCGUACGACAACCUGUUCAGAACCCCGCUGCACUGGGCUGCACUGCUGGGACAUGCCAAGAUAGUGCACUUGUUGUUGGAGAGGAACACGUCAGGCACCAUCCCCUCAGACAGCCAUGGGGCCACACCUCUACACUAUGGAGCUCAGAGCAACUACGCCGAGACGGUGGGUGUGUUUCUGUCCCACCCCUCUGUGAAAGACGAGCCAGAUCUGGAGGGCCGCACAGCGUUCAUGUGGGCUGCUGGCAAAGGAAGCGAUGAUGUCAUACGCACCAUGCUGACACUCACGCCUCACAUCGACAUCAACAUGGCCGACAAGUACGGAGGCACUGCGCUGCACGCGGCCUCUCUGUCAGGUCAUGUGAGUACAGUGAGGUUGCUGUUGGAGAGAGGAGCCAUAGUGGACAGUCUAGACGUGAUGAAACACACGCCUCUGUUCAGAGCCUGUGAGAUGGGACACCGCCACAUCAUCCUCACACUUAUCAAAGGCUCUGCUCGUGUCCACCUGGUGGAUCUAGAUGGACACACUGCUCUGCACUGGGCAGCUCUGGGGGGGAACGCUGAAGUCUGCCAGUUGCUGAUGGAGAAUGGGAUCAGUCCUAACGUCCAGGACCAGGCAGGCAGGACUCCUCUCCAGUGUGCUGCUUAUGGAGGGUACAUCACCUGUAUGGCUGUACUACUAAUGGAGAACAACGCCGACCCUAAUAUACAGGACAAAGAGGGCAGGACAGCUCUCCACUGGUCCUGUAACAAUGGCUAUCUGGAUGCUGUGAAGCUGCUGCUGAACUCUAAUGCCUUCCCCAACCACAUGGAACACAACGAGGAGAGGUACACCCCCCUGGACUACGCCCUCCUAGGGGAACACAGUGAGGUGACUCAGUACAUGUUGGAGCAUGGAGCUCUGUCUAUAGCGGCCAUCCAGGACAUCGCUGCUGCUUCCAUCCAGGCGCUUUAUAAAGGAUACACGGUCCGCAAGGCCUUCACUGAGAGGAAACAACUACUGAUGAGACACGAACAGCUACGCAAGGACGCAGCCAAGAAACGCGAGGAGGAGCAGCGGAGGCGGGAGGCGGAGCAGCAAAUCUCAUUGGCCAGAACAGAGAAACAGAGGAUGUUAUUGGCCCGCGCUGAGCAGGAGCAGCUGUCAUUGGCUGAGACUAUGAAGGAACUGUCAGUGUAUGAGAGAGAGGCAGGGGGCGGGGCUAAUACAGCCUCCAAAGCAGAACAGACCAAUAGCAAAGAGGAGACACGGAAACAUAGAGCACAUAGAAGCAGACCCUCCAGGAGAGGGAAGGAGGCGCAGCCAGCCAAAGGCCCUGACCCCGUGGUGACCCCUCACCCCUCAGUGACCGCUGACCCCAUGCCCCCUGCGCAGGGGUCUAGGGUCAGGGAGCGUCUCUCUCCUGCAGGCUGCAGCCGACCCCCCAGUCCAAAACACAGACCCCCCACCACACCCAGGACCAAGAGACUCACCUCUGCAAACACACACACUCCUUCCAAAACACACACUCCCUCCAACACACACACUCCCUCCAACACACACACUCCUUCCAACACACACACUAACUCUAACACACACACUCCUUCCAACACACACACUAACUCUAACACACACACUCCUUCCAACACACACACUCCCUCCAACACACACACUCCUUCCAACACACACACUAACUCUAACACACACACUCCUUCCAACACACACACUCCUUCCAACACACACACUCCCUCCAACACACACACUCCUUCCAACACACACACUCCUUCCAACACACACACUCCCUCCAACACACACACUCCUUCCAACACACACACUCCUUCCAACACACACACUCCCUCCAACACACACACUCUUUCCAACACACACACUACCUCCAACACACAAACUCCUUCCCACACACACACUCCUUCCAACACACACACUCCCUCCAACACACACACUCCCUCCAACACACACACUCCUUCCAACACACACACUACCUCCAACACACAAACUCCUUCCCACACACACACUCCAUCCAACACAAACAUGUCUACUCGCCCCACCAUGGAUCAAGAAGCCCCCAGCACCAGGGAACGCACCCCUAGAAGCAAGAGAGACACACACACCAACACACACAACCCCAGACACAGAACACGCCCUGCCACAGACCAUACCACCUCCUCCAGCAAGAACCACACUAAAGCCUCCACACAAUCACACCGCCCCAGCAGCAAGCCCAGGGAGCGGGACAGAGACCAGGCUGCCUGCACUAUCCAACGAGCCUGGAGGAGGUUCCAUGUGCGAGGCAGAUUGAGGGCGGCUUUUGGUGCUGGGAAAAGAGUGGAGCCACCUGAGGUCGCCUCCCUCCUGAUCCAGCUGCUCUGGGAUAGGCCGGCUUUCCCUGGUCACACCCCUAUUAGGACCAAGCCUGAGGCCAGAGUUCCACCCACCAAGACAGCAGCCAAGAGCUCAGUGCUGCAAAGCAUCUAUGGAGGUUCUGUGGCCCGAAGGGGGCGCUCACUCGGGGGUUCUCAGUCUCAGAUACUACUGGACCUGUCACUACGCACAAACAGCCAGCUGAGCAGUGUGGAGUGUGUGCACCUGUGUGAUGCAGUGGGGCAGGCCAGGCAGUACUCCUACCACCUCAGACCCCACAGCGCUGGACAGGGCCAGGGGAAACACUGACGACUACACACACACCCUGCAUGUGUCCUUUGUGGCUCAGUUGGUAGAGCAUGGCGCUUCUAAUGCUAGGGUACUGGGUUUGAUUCCCAGGACCAGCCAUAUGUAAAAUGUAUGCACGCGUGACUGAGUUGCCUUGGAUAUAAGCAUCUGCUAAAUGGCAUACACACAUAUAAUAUAUAUGUGUGUGUUGUCUUGAAAUGACUUACCCAACUGCCUUAUCAUGGUGGAGUUAUUGGCCAGAUUGUAAACAGAGCAUAUAUAUACUGACAAGAGGGGGGCCCCAAUGGUGUAACUAUAGGAAUAUGUUUCUGCAGAGGUGGGAACUCUUAAGCCAAUGAGGGCAGGUUUGCAUGUGAACAAUGCUGAUAUAACUGACUUCUCAGAGAUGCCAUGUGUGUCCACUUAUCAGUACAGAUGUAAUAACCUAAAUAUUACAAAAUGUAUAUUAGGUCAAAUAAGACUCACUCAUCAAUUUGACACUCAUUGACCACCAUAAAAAAAAUCCCCACUUGGUUUGUGUCAUGCUGUAUUUUCAGGCAGAGUAAUAAUCCCUAUUCCUCUCAGAUUGUACUCUCUGCCCAGUAUUAACCAUAGAGGAGUUCUUGGCCUGAUUGUUUAUACUCUCACAGGAAGACAGGACAAAGUUAUGAGACGUCACAGUCAUGACCUCACAAGGCGGAGUUAAAUCAACCGACAUGGUAUGUGUGCAAGAUCAUUUCAACCAUACAGAAAAUGAACACACACACACAGAUAACCUUUCCUCCCAUGUGGAGAAUGAAGCAGUCUGUCAACAGCCGGUCAUACAGCCAGCCCACCUGCAGACGCUGACACACACGCCUGCUUGCAAACACACACUCUUCCCAUCAGCCAUAACACUUGUACUAGGUUGUAGUCAACUCUACCUCAGUAUCUACCUGAGCAGGUUCCCACAGGCAUGCAUGCCCCUCCCACUUUCCCCCCUCAGCCAUAAUAGUAGGUACACAGAUGUACACAAGGUCAUUUAGGUCCAGAGGGUACGCGUGUACCUGUGCUUUCUCUGUGGGACUCUGUGGAGGGAGGUAUAUUUAUGCAUUUCAUACACACUCUGUUACUCUUUAAUUGUAUAUUAUACAUCACUUCCUGCCUUAAAGAGAUAGUUGACUUAAAAAGUUAGCCAGAUGUUUGUGGCAUCUCCUCAAUGGGAACUGUCACGUUAAAGAUAUAAACAGUGUUUCAGUGUGGAUGCUGUUCACUCUGAUGCACUACUGGUGAAACACUAUCAGAUGUCAAGGCUUUACAUUUAUGAAUGAAAACCAACCUCAAUGUUAAUGUCCAUGUUGUUUUUCUACUCUUUUAGAAAACUUCUCAAAUAAAUACAUUGACAAGUU